CCUUCCUCUCUCCCUCGUCGUCCGCUCGUUGCGGCUUUUCCUUCUUCCCACUCGCCACUGUCUUCUCCCUCCCACUUCCUCGUUUCGCCCCCAUCGCCAAUUCCCAACCCCCCUCCGAUCUUUCCUGGUAAUCGAACGAACAGGAGAUCAUUCGUUUCGUGGUGGGAGUUAGAAGUAGAAAGGAGUAGGAAUAGAAGGGCGGGAGAGAGGAGGAAGAAGCAAGAUGUGCUGCGAGUGCCGACCGCUCGGGUGGCUGCUGGGCCUUCCCUUCGCUUUGCUCUCCCUUCUCGUCUCCAUCGUCGGCGCCGCCAUCUGGAUCGUCGGGCUGCCGGUAUCGUGCAUCUGCCCGUGCUGCCUGUGCGUGACGAUCCUGGUGGAGUUCGCCGUCGAGCUCAUCAAGGCGCCGCUCCACGUCAUGAGGUGGUUCGCCUCGCAGAUCCCCUGUUAGCCCCUCAUCCUCUUUAACCACCCAUAUUCCGAGGGAUUUCGCUCGGUACUCGAACGUCAUCUCACCAUUUCCGCUUCACAUUUGGUUUCUUAGUUUAUGCGGUGAUUCUUAUCUUCCAUCGUUGUGCAUCCACUGCCGAUUCAUACUGUUUGGAUGGUAGUUUUGGAUUCCGGAUGAUGUUAUGGAUCAGAUGGAUGAAAAGAUGGGAGGGUGGCGUUGGGAGUCUAGGAAGCAUGCAGUGUUUGUUGCCCAUGAUGUCCAUGGAUCGUAUCGAGGAACAAUCCAUGCAUUUCCAUCACAACCCAACUAGCGUCGGACUUCCAUCUCUCAUAUUUCAAAUCAUCACUUAAUAUCUCAGUCAAGUAUCCCGGUCUUAAAGCAUGUUAUGGUGAAAUAUUAAUAUUAGAUGGUUCGUUCGUUCGUUCGUGGGUUAAUGAAAUUUAUAUUGUUUAGGAGGAAUGAAGUAUGAAAGAAAUAUUCUGAUUUAGAGACGCUCUCUUGAAUACAAAUUCUAAAAAAAAUAAUAAUAAUAAUAUUUGAAUUUCCAUUUAGAGAAAGCUACAGAGACGACACAAUGCGUGACCAAAACCUCAGUUAACGUAAU